AUGUCUACGGCUGCAUUCAAAAGACAAAGCGUUCCACUUUCAAAACUCUUCCAGAGUUAUGGGAAAAACAAUUCACAAUCCAAGUACGGGGGUUACUUCCUUGCUACAUUAAUUGGGUCUGGUAUUUUGGCUACUAGUUAUUUCAACAAUAAUAAGAAUGGCAACACACCUUCAAACAAUCACAAAAAGUUAUUAGCUGGCUCUGGUAUUGUUAAUACUGCGGCCAUUCCAAAGGGCAAGUCAAUCAAGGACUAUCAAAGUCUUUAUAAUGAGAUAGCCGAAAAGGUCAGAGACCAAGAUGAUGCAGAUGAUGGUGCUGGUCGUUAUGGUUUACUUACACGUCUCGCAUGGCACACAAGUGGUACUUACAAGAAAGAGGAUAACACGGGGGGGUCAUACGGUGGUACCAUGAUCUAUAAACCUGAAUCGACUGAUGGCGAAAACUCUGGAUUGAAUCAUGGAAGGGAUUUCUUGCAAGAGUUUAAGGAUAAGUAUUCCUGGUUGAGCCAUGGUGAUUUAUGGACUUUAGGUGGAGUAGUUGCAGUCCAAGAAUGUGGAGGACCAAAAAUCAAAUGGAGACCAGGUCGUCAAGAUAUCAGUGACAAGACAAGAGUUCCAGAGAAUGGUAGAUUACCAGAUGCUUCUAAAGACGCUGAUUAUGUGAAGGGUGUAUUUGGAAGAAUGGGGUUCAAUGAACGUGAAACUGUGUGUUUAAUUGGUGCUCAUUGUUUAGGUAAAUGUCACAAGGAAAACACCAACUACGACGGCCCAUGGGGACCUUCCUUCAACAUGUUUACAAAUGACUUCUUUGUAAGAUUAUUGCAAAACUGGCACGUCAAAAAGUGGGAUGGUAAGAAACAAUAUGAAGAUGACGAAACCAACUCGUUUAUGAUGUUGCCAACAGACAUGGCCUUGAAGGAAGACUCUAGCUUCCUCAAGUACGUCAAAAUGUAUGCCGAUGACGAAAAGUUAUUCUUCAGUGACUUUGCCAAAAAUUUCAGUACUUUACUUGAAUUGGGUGUUACAUUCCCCGACUCCAUUAAACCAACUGAAUUCAAAACGUUAGAUGAACAAGAUAAGUAA